CAACUCACAGAAAGAUAAAGCCUUUAUCUAAAAUAGUCUUAUAUGACUAAAAUUUAUCACUUUAAUACAAAUGUGUGUUUAAAGUUUCAAAUUUAAGUAUACUAUGCAUAUUUUAUGCUGGAAUAGACUAACAAACCACCCCCGCUACAGCUGGGAAGGUUAAACAGCUCUAUUCAGUUCUGACUUAGAUAUAGCAGCUGUUCAAAUGCCACGGCACAUUUUACUUGAAAAUGUGACCAUUUAGUUCUGUUAAAUAUAAACUGCUAUUGAGGCUAUGUGCAUUAUUGUCUUCAAAACAAAGCAGUUUCCUACAUGCAGUAGAAUUGUUACUAAAGUUCAAUAGAUCUUUUUUUCUUAACUGAACUAAUUCUUUCUCAACUUCCUGAAAAACUUAAGUAUGACAAUUUAUCUCUUACAAUCCAUCUACCAAAUCAGUUCUUGCUGAUGCAAAAAUAAUACAAUGGUGAAGAAAGCCAUAGGGAAACAUUUUAAGUUUGCUGACAAAUAUACAUAAUAAUACAUAUAAAUUUAUGUUCAUAUAUAUCCAUAUAUAAAUAAUUUAAACGAAGUAUAUUAGAGUGACAAUAUUCACCCCAAGAGCCAUAGACUACCAAACAAAACCUCAGUGCCAGUCUUGGGAAGCCCCCCUUUGAUCCCUGGUCAAAAAUGUCCACAAGAUUUCAAAAAUUAUCACAGAAAUCCACAAUGUAUCAAAAUGCAGAGAAUAUCUGACCAAGGAGAGCCCAUCCCCAAUUGACACAUCUACAGAAUAGCCCAUAUGCUUAAAGCUCAGAGAACAUCACAGAACAGGAGACAGAAAAGAGUCCAAGAAUCAAGACAUCUGCUUGAUAGUGUUUUCAAUAUCUGACAGUAAACUGAACCCAUGAAAUCUUAACAAUAUGGUCACCUAAAUAAGACUUGCACAGUGACAAUUCCAGUUGUUAUGUCAAUGCGGAUGGGGGAAGUCUCACAAGGUCCAAUCCCUAAAUUAAGAGCUACAACCGGGCUGGGGAUUUAGCUCAGUGGUAGAGCGCUUACCUAGGAAGCGCAAGGCCCUGGGUUCGGUCCCCAGCUCCGAAAAAAAGAACCAAAAAAAAAAAAAAAAGAGCUACAACCAACUAAUGGCUGCUAAGAGAUGGAGAAUCAGUUUUUCUCCAGGGAUGAGCCCACCACUCCAGUUCCAAGUGAUCAACCCUACACACAAUACUGUAUAUUCUCAGCAGGUUGUAUUUACAUGCAUGGGUAUGUGCAUGUAUGUGUAACAGUAACAAAGAAGAGGACAGGAAGGUGAGAAGCUAUAGAGGGACGUAGGAGGAGUGGAACAGAGAAUGCAAGAUGCACAUAAUGUAAUUGCAGUACUCAUAUACAACAUUUUCCAGAAAACAUUACAUGCAAAAAUAAUAAUGAUGGUCAGACAUUAGCAAUUUCUACUGCUUUGAUGGGGCUCUGAUUAGGUGUGAUUAAACUCUUAACUUUGUCCUGAACUAAGUUUAGAUGGUUUUAUUUGUAGAUAUUAGUACCACCGUAGCCACAUAGCACAUGUAUUUGACUGUGUGUUUUGUAAGUACUGUUACUGAGAAUGAAAUGAAGAUUGGCAUUGGACACUCAUGGGAUAAUUUGUAAAUGAUGGAUGAAGGUCCAUUUCAGUUUCUCAAGAUUGAUAGUAGUGUGAGAUAUCUACAAUAUAACUUUCUGAGAGAAGUUUCCCUGGCCAGAGGUAUAGCUCAGUGGUCAAGAACAUGCAUAGGCAGACCUCCAGAGCUAUUAAGAAUAGCCAGCCUCCAGAGCUCCCAGGGCCUAAACCACCAACCAAUGUGUAUACAUGGAGGGACCCAUGGCUCCAGCUGCAUAUGUAGCAGAGAUUGGCAUUGUCUGACAUCAAUAGGAAGAGAAGCCCUUGGUCCUAUGAAGGCUCAUUUCCUCAGUGUAGGGGAAUGCCAGGGUGGUGAGAUGAGAGUGGGUGGGUGGGUAGGUGAGGAAGCAUCUUCAUAGAAGCAAGGGGAAGGGGGAGGCCUGAGGGGGAACCGGAAAAGGGGAUAAUAUUGGACAUGUAACUACAUAAACUAUCCAAUAAAAAGAAAGAAUAGCCAGAAGUGACUCUGAGAAGACAGUGGGAAAAAUGGUGGAGCUGUUAGAGGUAGCAGGUUGCCAACAAGGCAAUCAUUGUUGCCCUUGGGGAAUUGAAGUGCAGCUCUAGAAAAUUUUUGUUUUGCUUGCUUGCUCCUGUACUGGACUCUCAACAAAGCCAGAGUAGAGAGUUGCCCAGGUGUCGUGGUAUAUAUCUGUAUCCAUAUUACUCUGGAGUAUGAAAUAGAACAGUCCCAGGCCUACCUGAAUUAUAUAGUGAUUUUUAAGGUCAGUAUGUGCAGGGUGGUUAGACCCUGUCUCCAAAAUAAAUAAAACAAGGGGCCAGCUAUGUCACUUGUUGCUAAAACAUCUGUUUAGCAUAUGCAAGCUCCUGAGUUCAAUCCCAGUAUUGCAAAAAUUAUUAAUAUUAUGACAAUUUACAUAUUAAUAUGGUAGCAUGUGAUGGUUUAAAACACACACACACACACACACACACAUGUAUAAUGUUUAAAUCAGGAUAGACAGAGAACAAUGAAUGUCACUGAAAGUUCUUCAUGGUUUAACCUUCCUAGUGCUGCAACUCUUUAAUAAAUGCAGUUCCUCAUGUUGUGCUGUGUCGCUACUUCAUAGCUGCAAAGACAACAAUUAUUACAAGAGAAUAAAAGUUAUUUUUGCAAGAGGAUGUAAGGCAGUUGCAUGGGUUCUGUCCGUUUCCACUUACUGAAACAGGAAAUAACUAGACCAAAAAAAAAAAAAAAAACUCAAAAGAUUGUCUACCUAGUGUCUUGUCUAGGGACCUUAAGCCAGAUCAUUACUCCGCUAUCCCAGAGUAAGAUACAGUCUCUGUGGUAAUCCAUGCCACUGUCUUUACUCAUUUUGUUUUUGUUUAUAAGAAUGUGUCUGUCUGUUCGAGUACAGAUGACAGAAGAGGGUGUUCAGUCCUCUAAAGCUAAAGUUACAGUUGUGAGUGAGCCCCUGAUAUGGACGCUGGGAACUGAACUCAGUCCUCUGCAACAGCAGCAAAUGUUCCUAAGCACUGAGUCCUCUCUUCACCUCACAGUUUAUAUUUUUGAAGAAACCAAAGUAUAUGAUAGAGAAAGAAUUGGUGCAGUCGGGUUUCUUAGGCUAAGAUGCUUUCCCCUCCAUUGAUUCUGUUCAAGCGAGGACCCUCUCUUUGACUGUCUGAGGCAGCUGUCUUUGGUGUCUUUCAUGUACACAAGCUUUGCUUCAAGAUAAUGUUUGUUCCCACACUCAGCACUCUGAGAACUGGUAAAGACAACGUUGUAAAGCUUGAUUAUAUUUUUAUGACCCAUGCCAUCUGUGUAUUUUCUCUACCUUCAGUAGUGAUCAAGAACUGAAAACAAUAUAUUUAGCUUUCAUGGAGCUGUUUAUUGCAAUGCAUCAGGCAAAGUAUCUCAUCACUUGAGAACCUGGUUGGUUGAUUUGUUCGUUUUUAAUGCAACUGAUUCAAACAGAAGAUACAAACUCCUGUUUUCAUUUCUUGAAACAUAUUCCAAUUUAAAUGAAAGAAAGCACUUAUUUAAUAUAAAAUAAGAUAAGACCUAAAAAUGAAUCUGAUAUGAGUUUCAAAGUGAUCAUAUAAAUGAAUUAUAUUUAAGUGAUUUUUUUACAACAAUUUUGUAUUAAAACUAGUCUGGGCUUAAAAAUCAUUGUUGUAGAGCUAGAGAGAUGACUCAGUGGUUAAGAACACUUCCUGCUCCUACAGAGUACCUGGGUUUAGUCCUGACACCCACACAGCAGCUUACAGUUAUCUGUAACUCCAGUUCCAGGGGACUCAAUGCUCUCUUCUGUCUUCUGUGGCCACUGAAUGCAUAUGGUUCACAGACAUUACUAUAGCCAAAACAGUCAUACUCAUAAAAUUCUAAAAAAUAAAUAAAUAUUUUUAAUUGUUUUAUAUACUUGCACUACAAAAUCCAAAUCUAUUUAGACAUUUCAAUAAUUUCUUUAAAAUGUUAUAAACAUUAAAGUUUCUCUACAGCUUUUAUCUGAUUAUUAUUGCCUAUCUUAAUGAAAUAGAAUAAUGGUUAUUUUGUCUUUUAAAAUUUUUGUGCAGUGGAACAACGUCAAAUUUUCAGAAUUCUAUGUUCUAUAAAUAUAUGAAAUUUGUCCUGUGAGUAAUUGAAACAUAAUUCUUAUCAGUAGGAAUACUAAUAUCCUGAGUAUUACACCAGAAAUGUUAACUAGUCACAGGCUUGAUUUUACCACAUGUAAAUUAAAUGACAGCUGACCACUGUGGUCCAUACUUUUAAUUCCAGACUCAGGAGGCAGAGACAACUGUAUCUGUGUAAGUUCAGGACCAGCAAAAUCUGACCUUCCAGGACAGUCAGAGGUACACAAGAGACCCCACUUGGAAAAAAAAUAAACGACAGAAGAAUUGUAUUCGUGUCCUUCGCUUAAUAGAUUUAAUGAUAUUAGGUUGUAACAAGGUGUCCGUUUAAACUAACAAGCAGGAGCUGAAGAAAACCAGAACUUAGAGUAAGCUUCAACUAUUGAUGCUAUUCAUUAGCCCAUACCCAGGCCUUAAAGGGAAAGACAUCUUUAAAGACUAAACCAUCGCUUGUCCCUUUUUAAAAUCUAGUAUACUUUUCUGUUUCUAUUAGUGAAGUUUUUAUGUGUAUAUAUGUGUGUCUGCAUGAAUAUUAUAUACACAUGCCUGUGGAGACUAGGGGAAUUUCAGAUUCCCUAGAACUAGAAUUAUAGAUGGUUGCAAGCCACCUGAUGCUGGGACCCACACCUAAAUCUUCUGCAAGAGUUAACUCAACCUCAAAACCAACUCAAAAUAAUAAUGGGUGUAAUUAUUGUUCUGCAGUAAGAAUAUCAUAGGACUGAAAUAUUCUCUGAUACUAUUUAAAGAGUAAUGCAUGUAAAUGCUCCCAGUGGCAAGCCAGCUGCUAUCUUCCUUGCAGCUGUAACAGACUUUGUUAGGAGCCUCUUACUCCUCCACACACAGAGCACUCCUGGAGCUAGGAAGCCAUGUUUCUCCCAUUCAUUUGUUGCAAUCCAGCAUAUAGUUUCUAAUUUAUCGAGUGAAAAUGAGAAUGGUAAUUAAUCUUCAAAUAAGCAGGACUUAUAUGAACAAAAAUGAAUUUUUGAUUGUUGAUAGUUGUAAGAUAUUAAUUGGUUAUAAAACAACUAAGAUACAACAAAUAGAAAUGAUGAUUAAGACUGAAGUCAGUUAAUAUUUUAAGGAAAAGGAGACCAUUAACAAACAUUUUACACACCACAGCUGAAAAAAAUAAGAUCCAAAGAAUAACAUAUUCAAGACUACAUGGCUGCAUCAUUUCUCAUCAUGUGACUGGCGGAGUUUACCAGUAAACCACGUAUCAUGGAGCCAGGCUGAUUCCCUUAUGAACAAUGGGCUUGACUUUUCAAUAACAUCACCAACUGCCAGUGCCUAAGUCUAGUUACCUUCGGCCUAGAGAAGUAUAUGAGAAAAUCACCAUACCUUCUUUCCCUUAAGUUCCCUCAACUUUAGGCUGUCAUAAAUAUAAAACCAUUGGUACAGUUACCAAUACCUAAGAAUUAGAUGGCAAGACCAUCUGUGAGCCAGCUUCUAUUUUGGUUGGCUGGUUUCUUUCUUCCUUCCUUCCUUUCUUUCUUUCCUUUGGGACAGGAUCAUAUCUAUCCCAAGCUGACCUCACACUCACUACAUAUCUAAAAUUAUCUUGAACUUCUGAUCCUCCUAGACCUGCUUCCCAGGUGCUAGAAUUAGAGACACGCUCUACUGUGCCUAACACUGUGCCUAAUGAAGCACAGUGCUUAAACCUGGGACCUCUACCAACUGAGGCCCAAGGCUGAGCUGAAAGCUAAUUAGGAAGUAACUGUGAAAUCCAAAUCAAAAGAGAUGAGGAAAAAUGGAAAGUAAAGGUUUCCAUAUAUUAUGAUUUAUCACAUCUAACUAUUCCCUGGACAUGAACACUUAUGAUUAUGUAAACAUGAGGCCAAGCAGACAUUGGUGGUGGCAGAAUAGCCCUCCAGUGCAUGCUGAGUGAAAGUGUGUGACAUUAAGCUUUCAGUAGAUGCAAGUGUGAGAUAUAAAACGUCUUUCUUCUAGAGACUCGUUAUAAAAAAGGAAGAUGUGUUCCAUAAAACAUAAGGGUCUCUGGAACACCUUUGAGACUAAAGGCACUCUAUCCUUGUGAGGUUAAGUAUCCUUGUGAUGACAAAUAAUACAGAGGAGCCAUAGACAAGAUAACCUUCCAAAAGUGGGCAGAGGGUUUCUGACAGCCGGAUACAGCCAUCUCUCAGAGGCAGUAAUUCAGCCGAUCUGAGUCAUUUCCCCUCUAAACUGUGUAAUGGAAGUAAGCGACAGCAGCAGAGAGCUGAUGCCCAUCUCCUUUGCAUCACCAGGGUGGCCUGCCUUAGGAAACCUCAAGAUCGGUUCAGCCCACCUGCAAUUACCGUGUUAGCCUUUAAAAAAUAAAGCAACAUUAUAUGUGAUCUGUUUGUAUGUGUGUGUGUAUGUAUGAAUGUAUGUAUGUAUGUAUGAAUGAAUGAAUGUAUGUAUGUAUGUAUGUAUGUAUGUGGAUCCAUAAAGUCUAUGUAAUAAUAAUUGUCUCUCAGGGCUAUUUUAGACUCAGUGUUUGUUUUUUUUUUUUAAAAAACAUUUUGAAUGACUUAACAAGUUAGACCCUUUGUUUGCUUUUACUUAUAAAACAGUUGCACUACAUAACCAGUUAAAUGGCAGACCGUAACUUGUCCUGUGGCUGGCACAUGCCGAAGCUCCACAUUAAUGAUGCACUUGAUGAAAGUCUGUAUCCAUAACCUGAAGACGCAUAGUGCUGGGGACAAAGGUGGCAUUUUACAUUUUUAUUAACACUAGUAAUUUUCUCCUGCUUGAUUUCUUUUAGGCCAAGCCCAAUUUUUUCUAAACCAUGGGUCAGUGAGCUCAGGCUGAGUCCCGUGUGACUGAUGGGCUUGAUUCUGCAAAGAUAUCACCAAGUCCUGAUCCCUAAGUCUCCUUACUGUCAUUAGGGACAGCUAGGGUGGGGGGGGGGGGGUGAAACAAUGUGUUCUUCACUCUAGUCUCACUACCUGUGGCAGUCGUGAUGCCAGCAGAGUGGUGUGUAUUCGUGAAGUAUUACGUCUGACAUGUUAUUAAUGCAAUGCUAACAAAGUCAUCUCAAAUGCAACCAAAAUAUUAUCUUAUUGCCUUCCCUUGUUAAGCCUCAGAGAGAGAAAGAGAGAAAAGAAAGUGCUUGAGUUGAAGUGGUUUGGAUUAGGCAGAGUUUGCAUUCAGAAAGCAUCGCUUCCAGCUCAGUGUAAAUCUGGGGAGAUUUUGCCUGGGAUGCAGUUGCUUAAGAGUUUCUUGCCACAUCUUCCUGAUUGAAAAUGACAUUGUAUUAAUAAAUCAGAAAAGGCUGCUAUUAACUAGAUAAAUAAGUACACUUAACAUACAAGAUGGAAUGGAAUUUAAAUACUUUAAGUCAGGCCCUACAGUAUUCUAGUGAUGUCAGAUACAUUUUUAUUUUUUAAAGAUUUUAGUCAGAAUUUAAUCUUUGAAAAUAUUAAUAACAGCUUAUAGCAGGUAAGCUAUAAAAUAACACUGGGUGCUGUCUGUUUAGUUUCUGGUUGAAAAGGCACAGCAGUACUGUAGUUCAUUACCUUUGAAAAAAACAGUAACAAGAUAAUACAGCUGCUCUGAUUAAGAUGUAAAUUCUUUCUAAUUAGAAUGUAAAUUCUUACAUUUAAAUGAAGACAUCAGUUGUCAGGACGCCAUAUGAUAUCUUUUCCCACCUUGCCUGAGUGAAGCCCUCACUGCUCAUCCAGGCACUGAAAUAGUUUUGCAAUCCCUUUGUUCUCUGAUUCUUGUAAUAUUCUCUCUUCAUGUUCCCUUUUCACACGGCUUUUGUUUGUUUUCCCCCUUGCAUCUGAUAUUGUUGUGCCUUGGGAUUUUGCAGAAAUUUGGAAUGAAAAUUGAGUUCAGUCAGUGCCAGUAUUUGCUUGUGCCUCAAUUACUUCUGCUGAAUUUUCCUCAAUGCAAAUCAGGCAGGUUGCAUAAAGUGGUGCAUGUAUUUGAAAUAAUUAAUUUUCCGUAAAAUGAUGGAUCAAGUCCAAUCAACCUUCAUGAAAUCUAAAUAAUAGAAUAGAGAAUUAGAAAUUAAUUAACAUUUUGUGCUGUUAAUAUUUCAUGCUGUAAACUAGUAAUAGGAAGUUUUAUCUGUUGGUUCUAACUUUUUCUUUAUUGAAUGUUGGUGAAAACCUGCUUCAAUCAUUUCUUGCCAGAAAUAUGUGAACAAGAAAUCCUGUAUCAGUGACACAAGUGACACAAGGUUUCAAAGUUCCCAGGUCAUAUACACUGUCAGUGAAAGCUGUAGUGUGAAUGACAAGACAUCAAUCUAUAGACACCACCCACCAAUCCAUACACUGCACGAGGCCAUGGACUUUUGAACGUGAUUUUGCAUCUAUCAUGGCCUGUUUCUUCAACUAAAUCUAGUCUAACUCUUGAGGCAAAUCAGUCAAAACCACCCUGCAGUGCUGGGGAAGGAGACAUCUAGAAACUGAGAAAACAAAUGCUUUACAGAUAGAAGGGAGUCACCUUUGACUUAGUGAUCUGGUUGUUUUCAACUUAUUUUAGAAAGUUCUGACAUAUAAAAAGAAGAGUGUAUUAUAAUGAAGUUCAUAAAGCAAUCUACCACCUUUGAUCAUAAGGUACUAAGCAGGGAGGCAAAGCGAACAAGCCAGAGUGAUGCCAAGGAACAGUGGAACGACAGAGCACCAAGCAGUCAGUGCUGAGGUGCAGUUCCAGACUGAGGCAGGGGAUGUUCAGUGACUUCUGUGCAGUUUGUCAGUCUGUGCAGAUUAAGCAAGGAAGAGAAGAAAAAGAACACGGUAGGUAGAACACAGAUGGCGUAAGGAGAGAUACACUGUCUGUGGCAGUGUAGAAGAAGCCGCUCAAUGUCAUGUAGAAGUGGGUGCAAUAAGUGAAAUGCAGGAACGGGGUAUCUAGCCAGUCCGUUUAGUACUCCUUAGUAUAGAGGGAUUUACAAUGGCAUUAUCAACAUGUCUUCUACCCUCCCAAAGGACAGUCUCCAGUGUUAAGUGUGGAGGCUCAUGCUGGAUAGCAGUGCACACAGGGGAAGUCAAGGCAGAACAAUUAUGUGAGCCUCAGACCAGCCUGGGCUAUAUGGUUAAUUUCAGGCCUAUCUAAAAAAAAAAAAAUAGUAAAUAAAAUAAAAUACACCUCUUAUGCUAUAAAUAAAAUUCUCUGACUACUUACCAUGUUUUUAAAUAAAACAUCUCUAGUGACUAAAGCAAACAUUGUUUCUAACUAUGAGCAUGUACUAUAAAGUUGGUGUAUUUCAUCUUGACUUCUCUACCCAAGGCAAUCAAUACCCACUGUUAUUUACACCAUCACUUCGUAAAACCAUGUUUAUGUAAAUUGUGGCACUACUUAAGUACUAGAUUAGUCUCCUACCACCACUAUGGCAAAAUUAUCAUAAGCUUAACUGCUUAAACAAUACAUAGUUGUCCUUCCGUAUGUAGAAAGCAAAAGACCAAAAUUAAUGUUAUGAGGUUAAAAUCAAAAGGCUAGCUGGUCUAUGUGCCUUCUGGUGUGUGCAGGGAAGGACUCAUUGCUAUGCUCUUGUAGGCUGGAGGCUGUAUAUUCCUUAGCUUGCACCUCUUUCCACGGCAUCAAAGCCAAUAGUGCUGACUGACUUGUCCUCCUGCUGCCCCUGGUCCUCUCCUGCCUCCAUUAGUUUCAGAACUCGUGUGACCAGAGAGGACCCACCCAGCUAUACCAGAAUCAUCUUCCUAACUUAGGGCCAUGUGAUUUGUACCUGAAUUCCAUGUGUGACCUCAGUUACUCUCUACUGUGCUAGGUUCCAUAUUGCAGGUCCCAAGGAUGAUGAUGUGAACACUCUACUUUAAUACUUUCUUGAAAUAUCUUUAUAUAAAAGGAUACUUUAUAUAAAAGCAUACUGUCUGUAUGUAGGCAAUCUUUCUGACAUAUUUGAUAUUGUGUUAAUAUUCUUGAUUCUCAGCUGGAGAACACUCAGUCUAACCAAACAUUAUUUAAUAUGACACCAACUGCUACUUGAAUAGAGAGGCAGAAGAGCUACUUUUCUAGCUUAGAUGGAAUUUUCUCCUUUAAAAUCUGAUAUUUCUCACUGUAGCUGAGUUUGAGGAGAAAUUUAGAUUAAAUAGAGCACAUGAAAACAAACACAAACACCUGUAAAUAUUUUUCCAAAACAUUUGCUAAAAUUGGUGGUUAUAAUCCAGAUACUUGAGAGGCUAAAGGAGGAAGGUGCUGUGUUUAAGACCACUAUGGGCUACAUAAUAAGUUCCAGGACAACCAUUAAGUAAGAUUGUGUCUCAAAAAAAGAAAAAAAAUCCAGGUAUCAUGUACCUGUAAUCCUAGCACUUGUGAGGUAACAGUAGGAGGAUCUGGAAUAAUGUUACUGAAUAAAAUAAGAAAUAAAGUCUCUCUAAGUAGAGCUCAGUUGACUUGGUGCAGGCGAUGAUGAGAAAAAGCAGGGACUGGUCAGGAAAGAUAGGGAAACUUAAGUGACACAGAAAAUGAAAGGAUCCCUCUUAAAGGUAAGUCAUUCACCAGAGAAUCAAGAAUGUUAACACAAUAUCAAAAUUUGUUAGAAAGAUUGCCUACAUACAGACAGUAUGCUUUUAUAUAAAGUAUCCUUUUAUAUAAAGAUAUUUCAAGAAAGUAUUAAAAUAGAAAAAAAAUGCAUAAGGCCCAAAAGUGUAGUAUUACCCAGCUAUAAAAUCUGCAAUUUUCCAUAUAUCUCUCAAGUCAGACUGUAAACUCAUUUAUUUUUUUUCUUCUUUUUUUUUUUUAUUAACUUGAGUAUUUCUUAUAUACAUUUCGAGUGUUAUUCCCUUUCCCGGUUUCCGGGCAAACAUCCCCCUCCCCCCUCCCCUUCUUUAUGGGUGUUCCCCUCCCCAUCCUCCCCCCCUUGCCGCCCUCCCCUCAACAAUCUAGUUCACUGGGGGUUCAGUCUUAGCAGGACCCAGGGCUUCCCCUUCCACUGGUGCUCUUACUAGGAUAUUCAUUGCUACCUAUGGGGUCAGAGUCCAGGGUCAGUCCAUGUAUAGUCUUUAGGUAGUGGCUUAGUCCCUGGAAGCUCUGGUUGCUUAGCAUUGUUGUACAUAUGGGGUCUCGAGCCCCUUCAAGCUCUUCCAGUUCUUUCUCUGAUUCCUUCAACGGGGGUCCUAUUCUCAGUUCAGUGGAUUGCUGCUGGCAUUCGCCUCUGUAUUUGCUGUAUUCUGGCUGUGUCUCUCAGGAGCGAUCUACAUCCGGCUCCUGUCGGUCUACACUUCUUUGCUUCAUCCAUCUUGUCUAAUUGGGUGGCUGUAUAUGUAUGGGCCACAUGUGGGGCAGGCUCUGAAUGGGUGUUCCUUCAGUCUCUGUUUUAAUCUUUGCCUCUCUCUUCCCUGCCAAGGGUAUUCUUGUUCCCCUUUUAAAGAAGGAGUGAAGCAUUCACAUUUUGAUCAUCCGUCUUGAGUUUCAUUUGCUCUAGGUAUCUAGGGUAAUUCAAGCAUUUGGGCUAAUAGCCACUUAUCAAUGAGUGAAUACCAUGUAUGUCUUUCUGUGAUUGGGUAUAGCUCACUCAGGAUGAUGUUUUCCAGUUCCAACCAUUUGCCUACGAAUUUCAUAAAGUCGUUGUUUUUGAUAGCUGAGUAAUAUUCCAUUGUGUAGAUGUACCACAUUUUCUGUAUCCAUUCCUCUGUUGAAGGGCAUCUGGGUUCUUUCCAGCUUCUGGCUAUUAUAAAUAAGGCUGCAAUGAACAUAGUGGAGCACGUGUCUUUUUUAUAUGUUGGGGAAUCUUGUGGGUAUAUGCGCAAGAGAGGUAUAGCUGGAUCCUUAGGCAGUUCAAUGUCCAAUUUUCUGAGGAACCUCCAGACUGAUUUCCAGAAUGGUUGUACCAGUCUGCAAUCCCACCAACAAUAGAGGAGUGUUCCUCUUUCUCCACAUCCUCGCCAGCAUCUGCUGUCACCUGAGUUUUUGAUCUUGGCCAUUCUCACUGGUGUGAGGUGAAAUCUCAGGGUUGUUUUGAUUUGCAUUUCCCUUAUGACUAAAGAUGUUGAACAUUUCUUUAGGUGUUUCUCAGCCAUUCGGCAUUCCUCAGCUGUGAAUUCUUUGUUUAGCUCUGAACCCCAUUUUUAAUAGGGUUAUUUGUCUCCCUGCGGUCUAACUUCUUGAGUUCUUUGUAUAUUUUGGAUAUAAGGCCUCUAUCUGUUGUAGGAUUGGUAAAGAUCUUUUCCCAAUCUGUUGGUUGCCGUUUUGUCCUAACCACAGUGUCCUUUGCCUUACAGAAGCUUUGCAGUUUUAUGAGAUCCCAUUUGUCGAUUCUUGAUCUUAGAGCAUAAGCCAUUAGUUUUUCUUCAGGAAAUUUUUUCCAGUGCCCAUGUGUUCCAGAUGCUUCCCUAGUUUUUCUUCUAUUAGUUUGAGUGUAUCUGGUUUGAUAUGGAGGUCCUUGAUCCACUUGGACUUAAGCUUUGUACAGGGUGAUGAGCAUGGAUCAAUCUGCAUUCUUCUACAUGUUGACCUCCAGUUGAACCAGCACCAUUUGCUGAAAAUGCUAUCUUUUUUUCCAUUGGAUGGUUUUGGCUCCUUUGUCAAAAAUCAAGUGACCAUAGGUGUGUGGGUUCAUUUCUGGGUCUUCAAUUCUGUUCCAUCGGUCUAUCUGUCUGUCUCUGUACUAAUACCGUGCAGUUUUUAUCACUAUUGCUCUGUAAUACUGCUUGAGUUCAGGAAUAGUGAUUCCCCCUGAAGUCCUUUUAUUGUUGAGGAUAGUUUUAGCUAUCCUGGGUUUUUUGUUAUUCCAGAUGAAUUUGCAAAUUGUUCUGUCUAACUCUUUGAAGAAUUGGAUUGGUAUUUUGAUGGGGAUUGCAUUGAAUCUGUAGAUUGCUUUUGGUAAAAUGGCCAUUUUUAUUAUAUUAAUCCUGCCAAUCCGUGAGCAUGGGAGAUCUUUCCAUCUUCUGAGGACUUCUUUAAUUUCUUUCUUCAGUGUCUUGAAGUUCUUAUUGUACAGAUCUUUUACUUGCUUGGUUAAAGUCACACCGAGGUACUUUAUAUUAUUUGGGUCUAUUAUGAAGGGUGUCGUUUCCCUAAUUUCAUUCUCGGCUUGUUUCUCUUUUGUGUAGAGGAAGGCUACUGAUUUAUUUGAGUUAAUUUUAUACCCAGCCACUUUGCUGAAGUUGUUUAUCAGCUUUAGUAGUUCUCUGGUGGAACUUUUGGGAUCACUUAAAUAUACUAUCAUAUCAUCUGCAAAUAGUGAUAUUUUGACUUCUUCUUUUCCGAUCUGUAUCCCCUUGACCUCCUUUUGUUGUCUGAUUGCUCUGGCUAGAACUUCAAGAACUAUAUUGAAUAAGUAGGGAAAGAGUGGGGAGCCUUGUCUAGUCCCUGAUUUUAGUGGGAUUGCUUCAAGUUUCUCUCCAUUUAGUUUAAUGUUAGCAACUGGUUUGCUGUAUAUGGCUUUUACUAUGUUUAGGUAUGGGCCUUGAAUUCCUAUUCUUUCCAGGACUUUUAUCAUGAAGAGGUGUUGAAUUUUGUCAAAUGCUUUCUCAGCAUCUAAUGAAAUGGUCAUGUGGUUUUGUCCUUUCAGUUUGUUUAUAUAAUGGAUCACGUUGAUGGUUUUCCGUAUAUUAAACCAUCCCUGCAUGCCUGGGAUGAAGCCUACUUGAUCAUGGUGGAUGAUUGUUUUGAUGUGCUCUUGGAUUUGGUUUGCCAGAAUUUUAUUGAGUAUUUUUGCGUCGAUAUUCAUAAGGGAAAUUGGUCUGAAGUUCUCUUUCUUUGUUGUGUCUUUGUGUGGUUUAGGUAUAAGAGUAAUUGUGGCUUCAUAGAAGGAAUUCGGUAGUGCUCCAUCUGUUUCAAUUUUGUGGAAUAGUUUGGAUAAUAUUGGUACGAGGUCUUCUAUUAAGGUCUGAUAGAAUUCUGCACUAAACCCGUCUGGACCUGGGCUCUUUUUGGUUGGGAGACCUUUAAUGCUGCUUCUAUUUCCUUAGGAGUUAUGGGGUUGUUUAACUGGUUUAUCUGUUCCUGAUUUAACUUCGGUACCUGGUAUCUGUCUAGGAAAUUGUCCAUUUCCUGCAGAUUUUCAAGUUUUGUUGAAUAUAGGCUUUUAUAGUAAGAUCUGAUGAUUUUUUGAAUUUCCUCUGAAUCUGUAGUUAUGUCUCCUUUUUCAUUUCUGAUUUCGUUAAUUUGGAUACACUCUCUGUGUCCUCUCUGGCUAAGGGUUUAAUCUAUCUUGUUGAUUUUCUCAAAGAACCAACUUUUGGUUCUGUUGAUUCUUUCUAUGGUCCUUUUUGUUUCUACUUGGUUGAUUUCAGCUCUGAGUUUGAUUAUUUCCUGCCUUCUACUCCUCCUGGGUGUAUUUGCUUCUUUUUGUUCUAGAGCUUUUAGGUGUGCUGUCAAGCUGCUGACAUAUGCUCUUUCCUGUUUCUUUCUGCAGGCACUCAGCGCUAUGAGUUUUCCUCUUAGCACAGCUUUCAUUGUGUCCCAUAAGUUUGGGUAUGUUGUACCUUCGUUUUCAUUAAAUUCUUAAAAGUUUUUAAUUUCUUUCUUUAUUUCUUCCUUGACCAGGUUAUCAUUGAGUAGAGCAUUGUUCAAUUUCCACGUAUAUGUGGACAUUCUUCCCUUAGUGUUAUUGAAGACCAGUUUUAGGCCGUGGUGGUCCGAUAGCACGCAUGGGAUUAUUUCUACCUUUCUGUACCUGUUGAGGCCCAAUUUUUGACCAAUUAUAUGGUCAAUUUUGGAGAAAGUACCAUGAGGAGCUGAGAAGGAGGUAUAUCCCUUUGCUUUAGGGUAGAAUGUUCUAUAAAUAUCCGUUAAGACCAUUUGGCUCAUGACUUCUCUUAGUCUGUCUACGACUCUGUUUAAUUUCUGUUUCCAUGAUCUAUCCAUUGAUGAGAGUGGCGUGUUGAAGUUUCCUACUAUUAUUGUGUGAGGUGCAAUGUGUCUUUUGAGCUUUAGUAAGGUUUCUUUACGUAUGUAGGUGCCCUUGUAUUUGGGGCAUAGAUAUUUAGGAUUGAGAGUUCAUCUUGGUGGAUUUUUCCUUUGAUGAAUAUGAAGUGUCCUUCCUUAUCUUUUUUGAUGACUUUUAGUUGGAAAUUGAUUUUAUUUGAUAUUAGAAUGGCUACUCCAGCUUGCUUCUUCCGACCAUUUGCUUGGAAAGUUGUUUUCCAGCCUUUCACUCUGAGGUAGUGUCUGUCUUUGUCUCUGAGGUGUGUUUCCUGUAGGCAGCAGAAUGCAGGGUCCUCGUUGCGUAUCCAGUUUGUUAAUCUAUGUCUUUUUAUUGGGGAGUUGAGUCCAUUGAUGUUGAGAGAUAUUAAGGAAUAGUGAUUAUUGCUUCCUGUUAUAUUCAUAUUUGGAUAUGAGGUUAUGUUUGUGUGCUUUUCUUCUCUUUGUUUUGUUGCCAAGACGAUUAGUUUCUUGCUUCUUCUAGGGUAUAGCUUGCCCCCUUAUGUUAGGCUUUACCAUUUAUUAUACUUUGUAGUGCUGGAUUUGUAGAAAGAUAUUGUGUAAAUUUGGUUUUGUCAUGGAAUAUCUUGGUUUCUCCAUCUAUGUUAAUUGAGAGUUUUGCAGGAUACAGUAACCUGGGCUGGCAUUUGUGUUCUCUUAGGGUCUGUAUGACAUCUGUCCAGGAUCUUCUGGCUUUCAUAGUUUCUGGCGAAAAGUCUGGUGUGAUUCUGAUAGGUCUGCAUUUAUAUGUUACUUGACCUUUUUCCCUUACUGCUUUUAAUAUUCUUUCUUUAUUUUGUGCGUUUGGUGUUUUGACAAUUAUGUGACGGGAGGUGUUUCUUUUCUGGUCCAAUCUAUUUGGAGUUCUGUAGGCUUCUUGUAUGCCUAUGGGUAUCUCUUUUUUUAGGUUAGGGAAGUUUUCUUCUAUGAUUUUGUUGAAGAUAUUUACUGGUCCUUUGAGCUGGCAGUCUUCACUCUCUUCUUUUUUUUUUUUUUUUUUUUUUUUUUUUUUUUUUUUUAUUAACUUGAGUAUUUCUUAUAUACAUUUCGAGUGUUAUUCCCUUUCCCGGUUUCCGGGCAAACAUCCCCCUCCCCCCUCCCCUUCCUUAUGGGUGUUCCCCUCCCAACCCUCCCACCAUUGCCGCCCUCCCCCCAUAGACUAGUUCACUGGGGGUUCAGUCUUAGCAGGACCCAGGGCUUCCCCUUCCACUGGUGCUCUUACUAGGAUAUUCAUUGCUACCUAUGGGGUCAGAGUCCAGGGUCAGUCCAUGUAUAGUCUUUAGGUAGUGGCUUAGUCCCUGGAAGCUCUCUUCUAUACCUAUUAUCCUUAGGUUUGAUCUUCUCAUUGAGUCCUGGAUUUCCUGUAUGUUUUGGACCAGUAGCUUUUUCCGCUUUACAUUAUCUUUGACAGUUGAGUCAAUGAUUUCUAUGGAAUCUUCUGCUCCUGAGAUUCUCUUUUCUAUCUCUUGUAUUCUGUUGGUGAAGCUCCUAUCUACAGCUCCUUGUCUCUUCUUUUGGUUUUGUAUAUCCAGGGUUGUUUCCAUGUGUUCUUUCUUGAUUGCUUCUAUUUCCAUUUUUAAUUCCUUCAACUUGUUUGAUUGUGUUUUCCUGGAAUUCUUUCAGGGAUUUUUGUGAUUCCUCUCUAUGGGCUUCUACUUGUUUAUUUAUGAUUUCCUGGAAUUCUUUCAGGGAUUUUUGCGAUUCCUCUCUGUAGGCUUCUACUUGUUCUCUAAGGGAGUUCUUCCCAUCUUUCUUGAAGUCCUCCAGCAUCAUGAUCAAAUAUGAUUUUGAAACUAGAUCUUGUGCCUUGUUGAUGCAUGGCUGUCCUCUGAGAGGCUCUACCAGCAGCUGUCUGAGACAGUUACUCACAGCCAAGCAAUGGACUGAGGUCAUGGAUCCCUAUGGAAGAGUUAGGCAAAGGAUUGAAGGAACUGAAGGGAUGGAAACCCCAUAGGAAGACCAACAGGGUCAACUUAUCUGGCGGGUCCCUGGGAGCUCCCAGAGCCUAAGCCACCAACCAAAGGACAUACAUGCGCUGGUCUGAGGCCCCCAGCACAUAUGUUCCAGAGGACUGCCUGCCUUGUUUGGCUCUAGUGGGAGAGGAUGCCACUAAUCCCAUAGAGAAGGGAGAUGAUGGGGGAUAGGGGCCAUUCUCUCAAAGGCAAAGGGAAGGGGGAGUGGGACAAAGAACUCUGGGAGAGGGGACAGGGAGUUGGACAAUAAUUGGGAUGCAAAUAAAUAAAAUGAUUUAUAAAAAAAAAAAGAAACUAGAUCUUGCUUUUCUGGUGUGUUUGGAUAUUCCGUGUUUGCUUUGGUGGGAGAAUUGGGCUCCGAUGAUGCCAUGUAGUCCUGGUUUCUGUUGCUUGGGUUCCUGCGCUUGCCUCUCGCCAUCAGAUUAUCUCUAGUGUUACUUUGUUCUGCUAUUUCUGACAGUGGCUAGACUGUCCUAUAAGCCUGUGUGUCAGGAGUGCUGUAUACCUGUUUUCCUGUUUUCUUUCAGCCAGUUAUGGGGAACAGAGUGUUCUGCUUUCGGGCGUGUAGUUUUUCCUAUCUACAGGCCUUCAGCUGUUCCUGUGGGCUUGUGUCUGGUGUUCACCAGGCAGGUCACUUGCAGCAGAAAAGUUGGUCUUACCUGUGGUCCCGAGGCUCAAGUUUGCUCGUGGGGUGCUACCUACGAGCUCUCCGAGGCGUCAGCAACCAGGAAGAUCUGCGCCGCCCUUUCUGGGAGCCUCCGUGCACCAGGGUUCCAGAUGGCGUUUGGUGUUUUCCUCUGGCGUCAGAGAUGUGUGCAGAGUGCAGUCUCUUCUGGUUUCCUAUAAAGUCAUUUAUAAUAAUAAAAAAACCCGUGUGACCUCAUAUAGUAAGCAUGCUUUCACUCCUUCUCGGCCUGUAGAGCUACUCCACCAUCUCACUACUAAAAAUUGAAAAAAAAAGUCCUUAUAAGUCCUUUAGGAUAUAACCUCAAUUAUUACCAAAAUUAUAUGUAUAGCAAUUAUUAAGAUAUGGACUCUGUCUUAGGGAGCCUGCCCUCACACCCAGGUAUGCAUUAUGCUUCCCCUAAGCACCCACCUUUGUGUUAAAGUUCAUAUUUAAACUUAUGUCUAAAAUAAAGUCUUUGUCUAAGAAACUCAAAACUCCAUCUCUGCUAUAUAGAGAAAUGAUAAGGAAGGGAGGGAGGGAGGAAGGAGGGAAGGAAAAAAAAGAAAGAAAGAAAGAAAGAAAGAAAGAGAGAGAGAGAGAGAGAGAGAGAGAAAGAAGGGUGAGGGAGGGAGAUUUGAAAGAGGUACUAGGAAACUCAUUUAUUAUCUAUUAUGUAACAGAAACUAUAUAAAUACUUUUUUAGAUCUGUAACAGUCCCUGUAAUCUGUUAUAUUUCCUUUUUAGAUAAAGGACAACUGGAAAGCAUCAGUAAAUUUCCUAAAGACACAGUAAUGAGAGUUCCCCCGUGUCUUCACACUGAGCUGGGCCAAGCUAUGUGAGACGUUACUUGUAUCCAUCAAAACAAGCACUUCUCCCAGUCCAUAGAAUGAAUACAUUUAAAAUAUAACAGACUAAACAGAUGUAAGACAUGAUCCCUGCCUUCAAGGGAGCUAUAGUCUAAGACUGAAGCUAAAAGCAUUCUGGUUAGUCAUCUAGCAGAGGGAGACAACCUUUGGAUGGAAUCUAUUCUUUUAAUGCUCAAUCUUUUAUUGGAAGCCUAGGUUUCCUUUCCUACCUCAGAGUGUUGUUAGAGAGAUUAAGUAUACAUUAAAUACUUAGACCGAGAUCUGGCACAUGGCAAGCACUCAGUAAAUGGUGGCUGUGACAGUCAUAAUAAGUUCAUGCUAUACAAGAGCUGAGUUAAUGAUUAUCCUGUGAGGACAGGAAGGUCAUCAGAAGACCAGAGUGCAGAGCCAAUACCUGUAUGUUAGAGUUACAGUAUCUAUGGACACCAUGAGAAGCCUGUCCAUGUAGUAACUAAGUACACUGCUCUAGGAAAGAAUGUUCUUUCCAGUUCCGAAUACUCACCACUCAUCCGUGCCUCAGGGCUUCUUCAUUUACAGUAUGGGAUAAAUACACCUGUAUCAUGAAACUGAGCAAGGAGGUUAAAGGAAUAUGCAAAAUGCCUGAAAGUGAGUCUGACAUAAAAUAAAUAUGCCACGUAAUACCAAGGGUGCAUCUGUGGAGCCCAUCUUCAGUGACAACCUUGCAGCUGUAGAUACAAAUAAAGAACUCAGGUGAUCUCCCUUUCCCACAGCAGUGCAGGUGCCUUGCACAGCCAGGCAUUCCAAUUGUGUGGGCAUUGUGUACUCUCACAUGGCAGGUGCCUCUCUUUGGGUGAUGUGAAACAGCAAAUGCUGUAAAGCACCCUGUAAGCCACCCUGGCUAGUGGGGGAGACUGAGAAGAGGGUCGAUGAAAUAGAAACCACGGGCUGAAAGAAGGGCCAGAAAACAGUGAGGAUGCUUCUCUCAUUCUGCAGUCUCCCUCCACCCUCCAGUGUGGGAAUUACAGGCCAGGUCACCUGUACACUGGGAAUCCCAAAUCAGGUCCUCUGUUGGUACAGCAAGCACUUGAUCAACUGAGGCAUUGGCCCAGCCCCUCUCCACUGAUAAUUAAUUUCAUUUUUGAAAAACAAAUAUUCAAACUAAUGAUAUAUAAGCUAAAGUAGUUAGAUGUAAAAUAUACUGCUGUCUGAAACAGAUUUACCAAUAAAUUGAUAGAUUGAUGGAUUACAAAUGUUCAUAUAUUUAAAGAAAAAACAGAAAUGACCAUGCCAGACCAUGGUGAUAUUUACAUAUGAGUUCUCUAUAAAAAGUCAACGUUUUAUAUUUACACAUUUUUACAAUAAAAUUUUUGAGAGAAAUCAUAAUGAAAGCACACACACUACAAAAUCAAUAGAAUGUUCUUUUUAUUUAAAGGGAAGAUAGCUUAGGCCUAGAUGUCCAGUGCAUACCAAUAAUACUAUUCAGGAGAGUCUCAAGUUACACCUCUCCUACAUAGUGAGACUGUCAGAGAGAGAGAAAGACAGAGACAGAGACACAGAGAGAAAGAGACGGACAGACAGCUAAGUACUUUCAGUGUUCUCAUGUAGUUCUGAUGAAGUUACACUGACAAGUUCUUCACCCAUUUGUGUUCAAGUAAUUGGAUAAUUACCUGGUGAUAGAAGAGGCUGAAGAGCUCUGCACAGAGCUGCACCACAGUUCUGUGACUGUCGAGUCAAACCUUUGAGACAAAUCAUUGUAAUUAGCACAGUCUUGCUGCAGCUCUAAGCUAACAUGUAAACAGCCCCAACUCCACUUCAAAUACCAUUCACUCUAUUAAAAUCAUAGCUGUGGCUUUGGACUUUUUUCCCUUCUCUUUGACCAUGGCAGUGUACACCCUGCUUACUUCAUCUGUGGAAUCAUAAGAUAUUGCUAUUGCUUGCCCAGUCUCAAAUCAGUUGACAAUUUUUCAUGUUGUUUUCUUUGAAUUGGCAACCCACUGGGUCAGCUGUAUACCCUUGUACCAUAGUCGGCCCACAAAAACUAAAAGGUUAAGGGGACAGUUGGUGAGAAGUAGUAAAAUUUUAGAAAUUAACAAGUUCUCAGCCAAAACUGGGCUCACUGAGAAAUUUCUAUCAUAAGUGAGAGACUAACCAAUUGGGGUUAUUCAGUCCUGAGCAUUAACAUGUUCAGGAAAUAAAUGUUAAAAUGGCUUCCAAAGCAUACACCAAUGGCCGUCACUGCCACAGCAGAAUCUGUUCUGGUUAAAAAAAAAAAAAAAAAAAGGCCAAGCAGCAGAGCUGGGAAAAAGUUGGAGCAAGUGCCAGGGCUCGAGCAGAUUCACACGGCAAGAUAAGGCUCCAAAGCGAAGUGCCAGGCAGCAGAUGGAGCGGAGUCAUGUCCUCCUUGCUCUCUUGCUCGGCAGCAGAAGCUACAUCCAGGGAGCUCUGGUGCUGGGGCCAGGGAGGGGCUGCUGCUCUUUCCCCACAAGGACCCAUCAGUCAGAUGGCCCCUAGGAGCUCCUUUCUCCCCGUGUCGUGUCAAAGGUUUUGAUUCUUAUCUGUGACAGCUUUGGAAACUGACACAUAUUUUGCUUAAGACUUUCUCUUCCAAGUACACACCAGGCUUUAUUUGUGGGUGGUGGUGUUUGUGUGGCCAGAAUGCUUUUGUGUGGAAAGACAUACUCUGGACUAAGAUAAAUCACCAAUCUCCCCUCAGCAAUUGUAAGUGGGUUCUGAAGUUCCUGUUUCAAGGCUUUGAUGUGUAACUGGGUGUAAAUCUAGUCUGAUGCCAGGAUGCUUUAUGCCUGAAGUUUCUUCCAUAUCUUGAUGGGCUGUUAACCUGUGACCAUUAACGAAACCUCAGAUCGUGCUCUAUAAUGGGGUCUAGCCUCAGUCACCACUCGUGUUGCACCUCAGCAUCACUUCUGGUUUGCUACUUUUCGUAAGCUUCUUGGCUUCUCCUCCCCACCCCUAAAAGACUCUGUUUCUAAAACUUUAUUCACCUGAUUUUUCUUUCAUCCCAUGAUGAUACCUCCCAGCUCCUCAGCUAGAAUCUGGAUCAGUUUCCCUUCAUGCAGCACACUUUUGAACAAGUAGCAGGUCUUGUGGGGAAUUCUGUGGAUAGCAGAUUCAAAGUUGGCAGACCCUGGGGACAAUCAAUCAAAAAAUAGGAGGGAGCAAAUAAUGAAAUGGCUCAAUUGAGAAUCCUGUUGAACUACAUUAUAUAGUGAUUAAACUAAAUCAUGUUUCUUAUUCAUAGGCUCAUGAUAUUCUAUUUUUUUAUUUUAUGUUAUUUUAUCAGCUUUUAUCUGUCUAUGUAGUUUAAAUAAUUGGCAAUGACGUAUCAAUUCCUCUAAUGCUAAUCUUUCCUGCUCAUUCCCUAAGACCGUAGCCCUCCCUCUUCAUGACCCAGUGUAGCCUGGGACACAGGCCAUUGCAAACAACUGCAACAGCCUUGAUCAUGAAAAGUACUAAUGACCUAGAUUGUGGCUGGAAAGUUUUUAAUCUAUAUUAUUACCAUGUUGCAAUAUAUAGGUAUAUCUAAAUAUCUAAAUAAUUAACUUGUUUUGUUUUGUAUGUUUAUCCAUUCACCCAAAGGACUGUUAAUUAAGAUAGAAGAAUUCAGGGAGAGGAGGUAUAUUUCUCUAUGUAGAUAGAAGAAUUCAGGGAGAGGAGGUAUAUUUCUCUAUGUAGAUAGAAGAGAAUGGUCAUCUCAGAAAUAUUAAACUCAUUGUGAGUAUUUUAAGUUAGAGAUAUAAGACAUGCUUAUUGCCUAAAACCAAACACCAGAGUGGGUCUUCAGGGGGCACAUAAAAGAGACACAGCAGCAUGUGUCUGUGACACUACACCGAGAGAGCAGAGACAGGUGAAAACUUGUUGCCAUCUGGCCAGUAGUGGAACCUAAAGAUUCAAGUUCAGGAAGAAACCAUGUAUUAAAAAAAAUAUGGUGAAAAACAAUAGAGGAAGACCCCUGACAGGAAUGUAUGCUAUAUUCUCCAGGUAUGUGUAUUCUCUUCUUGAGAAGACUGGAAUAGAAGAGAACAUGGGAUGAGGGGGGAGAGCAAUCAGCAUCUACCUUACUGCUGACUUCAUUUCCUUUUUCCCCCUCCUUUAUUAAAAAUGAGGUCAUGUUUCUUUAUGUAAAUACUAAUGUUGGCUAUAACCAUUUCAUUUUAAUCAUAAUUACUAUUUUUACUUUAUUAUUACUUUAAUUGAACUUCUAAAAUCUUGACAAACUAAUGGAGGGAUCGCUGUGUCAGCUUGUCUAACUCAUCUCUUCAAAAUACAAUUCAAAAGUAACAUGCUGUAAACUUCCUAUACUCAAAUGACCGACAAGAUGGCUCCUAAUAACUCAUGCUGCGUUUAGUGCAUGGAGCAGUGCCAUGAGCAGGGACCCUAGCGUACAUCUCCACUGAUCUUCUUGUUUAUUUUUAUUGUACUUAUUGUGUGAGUGUGUAUGGGUGUGGGUGUGUGCUCCCAUGUGUGGAAGUCGCAAACUGCCAAGGAUUGCCAUUUCUCUCUCUACCUUGAGAGUCUUGGGCAUCAAACUCAGAUAGCUAGGCUUCGUGGCAAAUAGCUUUACAUACUGGGCUAUCUCACCCACCCCUUCACUGAUUUUCUUCAACUCCACAGGAUAGACGCUGCCCUACAAAAGCAGAAAAUAAAAAGUCAAGGCCAGCCUUUUUAACCAAUUGGCUGAGAAAUUCAGCUCAUGGCGGCAUCACUCUGCCCUAUCAAAUCUCUGCUGCUCUAUAAAUACAUCUUUAUCGUGCCACAAAGCUUUGUGCUCAGCUGAUUGUAAAAGGUAUCCUAGUCUCCUGUCCUCUCUGAGUGUACUGCCUCAGUCGGCCUAGUCCUGGAAGCUUGUAGCCUCCAUACAAUCUAAUCUAUGUUGCCAGCCUCUGAGACUUGCUGCUGAAUAAGCUCACCCCUUCCUGGCUCUUUCUGAUCUCUGGCUGGCUGGUCUAACUCAGCUGUUCUGACUCAAACUCCUCUGCAAGCUGAGUGCUUCAGUCUGGCUUCUCUCAGUUUCUCCUGAAUUGCUGUUUGGUCUCAUAUUAACUUUGACAAUAUAUUCUAAUCUUCUGGCUCCUCCUUCUCUGGCUCAUUCUGUCUUUACCUGUAUCUAGCUUGUUCUCUCUUCCACAUGUCUCUGUACAACUUUUCCAAUAAAACUGCGCUCGCGCUCUCACGCUCUCUCCUUCUCUCUCUCUCUCUCUCUCUCUCUCUCUCUCUCUCUCUCUCUCUCUCUCUCUUUUCCCCUCUCCCUCCCCCUCUCCCUCCCCCUCUCCCUCCCCUUCUCCCUCUCCCUCUCCCUCCCUCCUCUUUCUCUUCUCUUCUCUUCCCUCUCUUAAGUACCUUUCCUUUCCUCUUCUCAUGAGAGUUGAACAUAUCCUAUUCUGUCAAAUCUUUCUCUGAUUUGUCACUGUGUCUACCAAUCAAUUAGACAUAACUUUCAAACAUGUGUGCUUCCUUCUACAAAAUGACUUUACCUUCCUUGUUUGGGAUUAAAGGUGUGCACUAAGGAUGUGUCUGUAUUCCAGCCAGAGAGAUUAAAGUGUGUACCAAAGGCUGAGCAACCCCUCAACCAGAAACAGGCUUUUACACAGUCUGCACAUUCAUGGUGUGACCAAAUAUCCUGCAGCUGUUGUUUAUUAAUAUUCAGUAUUGUUUAAAACUGAAACCCAUAAUAUACACUAAGAUCUCACCUGCCAGUUUACCAAAUGCACGACCCUCACUACUGGAGGUAAUAAAAGGGGUUGGAGAGAGAGUGGAGUCAGGUUAUGAAGUUUCCGAUUCUUCCUCUGUAUGUGACCUAGUUUCCCCAGUUUGUCAUGCUAGAACAAAGCAGCAGACACACUGUAUGUGUUUGUUUACAGACCCCUCUUCAGAGCUGGCUUGAUUAUGGCCACUUUCCUCUGAGAUUGACAGUCAGAGGCCCAUCCACAGAGGAAUAUGUACCCGCCUCUUGCUGAUAAGCUCUCAUUACCAAAAAGAUUGCCAUCUUGGGCAGAACACCAUCAAGCUGAACCACGCAGUUCAUUCAGUUUGUGUUGCAGGAAUUCCUAAUAUCCUUUCCAGGUAAAACUGGAUAUGCAACCUGCUUGCUACAACCCUUUCUCUCUGCUUUACCUUGCUCUGCAAGUCUGUCUUGCUCCAUGGGCACAGAGACAGACCAGAACAUUCUCUGCCUAGUCUGAUUUAAACAGGAACACGAUGCCAGUCUGGGAUCCUGCAGGCAUAGUCUUUAAGUUAGUCUCUUGGAUCUCUACUAGCACCUUUGAAACCAGCUUCAAGCGCAUAAGCUCCUGUGCUAAAAGCACUGUACGUCUUAGCAGUGGUCCUUCUUGAUUCCCUUCCUCAAACAUUGCUUGUGGAGGUGGGAGUAUUGGCUACGGUAAAAGCUACGUUCCUUACACACUUGGCAAAAAUCUGAUCCCAGUUGCUGAAGCCUCUCUUUGGGUCUCAUUUAGUCUUCAUGAUUAUCAGGGAUUAUUCAUUGUGUCAAGAAUACCAGUGUGCCACUCUGUGCUGUUGUAGUUAUGUGAUGACAGAAGGAAUGGUUUAGACACAGCAUAAUCCCUGAGAAACACACAUAAAGUAAAGAUUAAAUGUUAAAGGCCAUUUUAAUGUGCUGUUAGAUGGUGUGUACCACUACAAUGAGCAAAUAUGUAAUAGAAAAAUGGGAAAGAGAAAAAUGGAGUGGUCCCUGCGCUGUGGGGACUGGCUUGUCUGAAGACAUGAUGGUACACAGCAGUGAAGUCCAGGCUGAUGUGAGUGUCCUGCACUGCCAUCUAAUGCCAUGGUGAUGUCUACACCACGGGCCAGGUCUGGGGCCAAGGUCCAGCUGCAGCUGGGGUCAGUGUUGAUGUCUAUGGCCCCUGUUACCAUCAAAGGCCAUGCAGAGGUUUGUGGUCUGUGCUGCCCCUGAAGCAUUGUUACUCUCCAGAGGCCAUGCAGCCACCAGAGGCCAUGUUGAUUUGAGUGGCUUGCACUACCUCAUGAGGCCAUGGCGAUGUCCAAGGUCCAGGCAACCUCCAAGUCACUUGGCCUCUGGGCCUACUAUAGCCAGGGGCCACGUACCUGGUCUGUACUGUUGGCAGAAACUCACGUGGAAGCCCAUGAUCCAUGUUCCUGCAGACUGUAAAGAGCCAAGAAGCUAUUUUUGCAGUGGUGAUUGCAGACACAUAGUUGAGAAAGAAGGACAUGGAAAGCUUUGUAACAACCCUUACCCCCAUACCAAAUCCCAUACACCCCCAAAAAUUAGCAGCCUAAAUGAAAAGCCAUAGAAAAGAACUCUUUAAAAAGUAUGAGGGUGUAGGAAUUAACUCUCCACAGUUAAUGACUUCUAGUAGGGUAUGGAAAGGGAAGCACUCAGUUCUCUCUAAGAGGCAGGCCACUGAUAGUUUGACUAUGCUCCAGUGAAUAUAUAAUACAUGAACUAGAUUUGGGGCUUCUUUUUAAUUUUAACUUUUAUGUUCUUUUGGGGAGGAUCACAAGGAUGGGAGCAGACUUGGAAAGUCUGAACGAUGAAUGUGAUGAGAUACAUGAUAUGACAUUCCCAAAGAAUCAAUGAAAAUACUACAUUAAAAAACAAAGAAUAAAUGUUCAACUGGGAAUGAGCAUGCAUCCUUUAAUCCCUAGCACUUGGAAGGCAGAGGCUGUUGGAUGGAAAUUGAAUUUGAGGCCAUCCUGGUCUACACAGUAAGUUCUAGUCCAAACAGGACUAAAAGAUCUUGUCUCAAAAAAAAAAAAAAAAAAAAAAAAAAAGGUUAUUAGUUCCUCCAUCAUUUGGGGGGAAAAAUAUCUUAAGAAUCUAUAAAUGCUUACUGAAGAAGAAUGUUAGAAAGACUUUUUUAAAAAUGACCAGGAUUAUAAGCCAUCUUAGUCAAAAAAAGAAGGAAAAGAUAGAGGUUAAAAUUGGGGAGAUGUAGGCUAAAUAAAUAAGCUUUUAGUAGUGGAAAAGUAGCAUGUAAAAUGAGAAAAAUAAACUGGGGCUAUCCGAAUGGGGUAAGAUUGAGACCACAAGCCAGGCAUCUCAGUCAGUGGGAAAGCUUGCAGAGUGACCUGUGGGGAAACAGAAACUUGGGAAAGGUGAUCCAAACCAGGUACAAAAAUGCGUGGACAAAAUAGUACUAUAAUUGUUUUAAAGAAAGAAGUAAGGGCAGCAAGAUCCAGCGGACACGUGAAAGAAAAAUGAUGAGUAAUGCUGGGGUCAUCUAUGACCUCUUCUCAUUUCACAAUUGUCAUGUUUGUGUACAUGUAUGUGUGCGUGCGUGUGUGUGCUUGUAGACGCUACAGAUUGGUACUAAGUAUCUUCCUCUAUCAUACUCCACGUCAGGUUUUGAGACAGUUUUUCUCAGUGAAGCUGGGCAGAGGGCCCAGCCCCCAGCACUAAGCAUGCAGAUGCUCACCACCACACCUGGCUUUCGUGUGAUGCUGAGUAUCUGAACACAGGCUCUCAUGCUUAUGCAGCAAGCUCUUCACCCACCGAGUCCUCUCCCCAGCGUUCAUUUGUGAUUAUUUUGUUUUUGGAUGACUAAUCUUAUAGGAUAGGUUGUGUCAGCAUAUUCCAAAUGGAUGGUGAGUGGUACCAAGCCUGUCAGAAGUUCCCGAAUAGGGAGGCAAAGAUUAAAACAGAGGCAGAAGGAACACCCAUUCAGAGCCUGCCCCACAUGUAGCCCAUACAUAUACAGCCACCCAAUUAGACAAGAUGGAUGAAGCAAAGAAGUGCAGGCCGACAGGAACUGGAUGUAGAUCUCUCCUGAGAGACACAGCCAGAAUACAGCAAAUACAGAGGCGAAUGCCAGCAGCAAACCACUGAACUGAGAACGGGACCCCCGUUGAAGGAAUCAGAGAAAGGACUGGAAGAGCUUGAAGGGGCUAGAGACCCCAUAUGAACAACAAUGCCAAGCAACCAGAGCUUCCAGGGACUAAGCCACUACCUAAAGACUAUACAUGGACUGACCCUGGACUCUGACCUCAUAGGUAGCAAUGAAUAUCCUAGUAAGAGCACCAGUGGAAGGGGAAGCCCUUGGUCCUGCCAAGACUGAACCCCCAGUGAAUGUGAUUGUUGGGGGCAGGGCGGUAAUGGGGGGAGGAUGGGGAGGGGAACACCCAUAAAGAAGGGGACUGGGAGGGGUUAGGGGGAUGUUGGCCUGGAAACCGGGAAAGGGAAUAACAUUCGAAAUGUAAAUAAGAAAUACUCAAGUUAAUAAAGAAAAAAAGGAAAAAAAAAAAAAAAGAAGUUCCCAUGGCCAGAGCGGUGACGGCCUUUAAUCCCAGCACUCAGGAGGCAAAUCAAUUUCUGUGAGUUUGAUAACAACCUGAUCUACAGAGCAGAUUCCAGAACAGACAGGGCUACACAAAGAAACCCUGUCUCAAAACAAAACAAAAAGAAAAGGAAAAGGAAAGAAAGAAAACAUUUCCAGUCGACCCAAAGAAGGUGAGAAAACAUAAAUAAUGCAUUCUACACUUAGAAAUCUAAAGUGAUAUGGAAGUGCCAAGAACAAGAUGAGAAACCCCGUUUAACCUCUCACUUGCGUGACCAUUAGGCCACGCAGAGUUUAUGAAAUAGAUGGGUGUUUUGAGCUUGUAUAUUAAUACUAUAUUUUUCUUAAAAACAAAAGCAUAGCCAAUAAACUUUAUUUAUGAGAAGAAAAUAGCUCCUGGGUCUCUAAACCAGAAUUAUGUCUUUUUCAGGCUUAAUUUGGUCACAUAUUUAAAAUGAAUUAUCUUUUUUCUUUCUUUUUUUUUUUUUUUUUUUCGGAGCUGGGGACCGAACCCAGGGCCUUGCGGUUGCUAGGCAUGCGCUCUACCUCUGAGCCAAAUCCCCAACCCCGAAUUAUCUUUUUUAAUGAAAGACCAUAAGGAACUUAAACUUAAUAAUUUUAUAAUAUUGACAUCCAAGUAAUUUAUUAUGUAGAUGUGUAGUUUAUCAAAAUGUAUAUAAUUUUGUAAUUUUAAACUGUAAGUAUGUUUAUCAACCUUACGAAACUUUAGUACCUGUGUCCUUGGCUUUAGGUUUGUAAGACAAAAAGGCAGCUAGGCAUGAUGGCACGUGCCUUUAAUUCCAGGCCUUGGGAGGCAAAAGGAGGUGGAUCUUCAGCCUGGACUACAAAGUGAAUUCCAGGACACUGGGGGAAUUAACCAGAGAAAACCUGUCUCCCCCACCAAAAAAGGAGGAGGAGGAGGGGAGGAAAAAAGACUAAAAGGAAAAUACUUUUUUUUUACUUUAAAAUGAGUACAAAUUAAAGUUCCCCCCAACUUGGGAGGAAGAAAGUGAUUACACAUAAUAAGUGAUAACUAAAAUUUUGUUAAAUUAUGAAAAGCAGAUGUUAAUUACAUUUUAUAUACAAAGAAUUUUGAGGAUUAAAGAUGUCGAUGUGUUGUUUCACGUUAGCUGACAAAUAGAAAGAGUGGGGAGAAUCGAUCUCACUUUCUGAUUGCGCACUUCUCCUUACAGGAGUAAGAGACAAAAUAACCACUUUCAUUGAAUAUCAAAAAGAUUUUUCCUUUGUUUGUGAAUUAUCCCCAACUUCUCAAGAGACCUAGCAACAAAAGCUAUUGUAUUCACUCCCAUUCUUGGACCCAGGUCUCUCCCUUGUAAAUAAUUAUUAGUGUCAGUGUGUAUGGUGAAUAUAUGUCUUGUCUUCAUACUUUUAGAAAUUAUGCCCAUUUGAAUAAUAAAGCAGCUGACUCAGAAAGACUGACUUGACAUUGUCACAAGGCAGGUAGUGACAAAGAGUACAUCUUCAGCUUCUUUGCCACACAAAUGCUACACAGCAGCCAACAUUCAGAGCAGGAAUCCCAUACGCACAUCUGCCAAAUAGCAGAUUGGUUAGCUGAGGGGCACACAGACUCUAACUCAUACACUUACAAUAUGUUUCCCAUUGAAAAAUCUUGUCUAUCUAAAAAAAUAGUGCUUGUAAUUUUAAAUGAAGCUUGAACUACUGCUAUAUUUUUUAAUUUAUAAGAAAAGCUUUUAAAGGGACAGGCCUCACCUGCAACAGUAGACUACUGGUGAAGGCUUCAGCUGCCAUCUAUUUGCCGGCCAGGUGUGGUACACAAGCGGAUCAUCCCAGCGUGGGGCAGCUCAGGUGAGAGGUUUUCUAGUUUAGGCCCAUCUGGGCAGCAUCCUGACACAACCUUGUCCUGAAAAAUUAAAAUUCAAAAUAAUGAGGACUUUGUGUUAAAAUACUAAGUUGAUAAAAUGCUUGGUUUUGUUUUAUCAUUUUUAUGUUAUAUUUGUCAGGUCAAUUAUUUAUAAUAAUAAUGAUAGCAAUAGUUAUAUAUGGACAUAUAUCUGUUUUAAAGAGUUAGGUUUCUAGUUUUCAGAUUGAAGUUUUUUGUUUGUUUACUAGAAUCAGAUUUCUAUAACAGAGCAUGUUACUGUUAUAAAAAUAGGAUGACUAAUGCAUUUCAGGAAAUUUUAAGAUUUUCCUAGUGAUUUUUAAUAGCUUACUCAGAAAAGUAAUUCUAAUAGUAAAGAACACUGUAUUAGGAAUACAAAGGAAACAGUGGUUACCUCUGAGGGCAGAAGGACAGAACCAGGAAGUUAGAAAUUGAGGACACACUCUGGCUCUGUUUUAUGCAUGUAUUUAUAACAUUUUAUAUUAGUAAUUGUGAACAUGUUACUGUUAGAAUUUUUUAAAUGUAUGAGUUACCUUUAAGCAAUGAUAGCAUAAAAUUAACAGUAGGCAUAGUUAUUUUUUAAAAACUCUAUUAUUUAUUUUAGACACAUAAAUAAAAUUUUUAAAGCUUAUGCAUACCCAUCACUCAAAUUGGAACAAACAUUAACAUUUUAGGAAAGAAAAAUUAUUGAGCUUGUAUCCCAAGCAUUGAGUUGUUAACUAUUAGUAAACGUCUGUCCUGCCGGGGCCACUGCUGGUAUAAAAAGCAGCAUAUGCUGCAGGAGCUCUAAGGCCCUGCCCAGUCUCCACUGCACAACAGCUGUACCCAUGGGUUGCUGGGCAAUGGGCAACACAGCAAACCCAGCUCCCUUCACUUGUGCAUGGAUUUAUCUAGAUUAAUGAUGUAGACUGUCAUAAACAAACAUGGUAUUUGUUAUAGAAAUAGGAUGACUAAUGCAUUUCAGGAAAUUUUAAGAUUUUCCUUAGCGCUUGUGUGUACUUUCAGUGCUUUUAGCCUUGAAAGAGAUAUAGAUUGUUUGGAAACCAAAAUUAAAGGUGGGUUGAAAGAGUACAAUCAGAUCUACUCACCUCAUGAUAAAUCACAUCCUGAGUCUAGGAAGGUAAGCUGGGUUUUCUAUUUGAAUUGUUUCCUGGCAGAAAGAAGUUGUAGAAUAAUUCCUUUCUGUUAAAACAAAGUAGUCUUAUACAUUAGAGCCUUAUACAUUAAAAAUCCCAAUUCUUGGUAUUCAUUCUCCAUCAAUACAAAGGAAAACCAGACCAAAAAGAAAAAAAAUUAAUCCUUGAAAAAAAUUCUACUAUACUAGAAUGUACUUGUUCGUAUGUAAGGGCUAAGAAAACUGAAAUUCAGAGUGUUUAAGCAGUUUUAUAAGGUGGGAUGUCUACUAUCAGCCAUAAUAGCUGUGUACAUAUUAACAGUCCAAGGGCUCCAAGGCUCUGAACAGAUUGCUUCCGCAAGUAAGAUCUAUGUACUGCUAGCAAUAAAAAUAUAUAUAAAUCCAUUUCCUCAAGCUCUACAUAGCAAGCAUCUUGCAAAAAUAAAGUGAAAUAAUACAUAAAUUAUUAUGUUUUGAGUGAAUGGUACAUGGGCUAAUUAAGACUUUAGAUCACAAAAAAUGUUGUUAUAUUCUUCUGUUCUUUUGUUUGACUAUAGUGGUGAUCAGUAGGAAAGGUUUGGGAUCUUUUGUAUGAGCAAGUGUUUGAACUAGUUAAUGAGUUGACCUUUUCCUAUGAUAAUACAAAACCUGAGCACCACCCUUAUAUGCUCAGCCAUUUCUGUCAAAAACAAUGACCUUCCUUGGACUUAUCCUACUUGUGAGUAGGCUUGUGAGGAGGCUCUAUGAACACUCUUUCCUAUCAUGUUUCAGUGUCUUCUAUCUAUUAUCUCUGUGCAUAAUGCUCAUGGACUAGAACACCAAUCGUUUGGCUGACGCUUUAUGCCAUUGUUCAACGAGAUUUUAUUAUUAAAAAGCCCAAUGAAGGGAAGCCAGCCUAAUAGUGACAGUAGUAAUAUAUUUGAGUAGGAAGCCCCAACCCAUUUUUUUCUUCUUGUAGAAAUAUCAAUCCAGCAAUGUAUGUGUAAACCCUUUGGCUAAAAAAAAGAAACAGUUAGGAGGGUUCCAAGAAAAGACAAAAGCUAGGAAAUUCUGUACAUCCUCUGACCAGAGUCCUUUCAGAUAGUUCAUCUUAUUUGCACUGCUAUGACAAAAACAUCAGGUUGUAUAAUCCUUAAACAAUGGAAGUUGGUCUCCUUUUCAUUUCUCACCAUUCUGGCGGUUGUAAAGGGCUGCAGGGAAAUCUGGUGUCUAGUGGAGACCCACUUGCCAUCACUUGUUCCAUCCGGGUGUCUCGUGUGUCAGAAGGGAUAGUCAAAGGCAGUCUGACAGCAUCGAUGAGCCUCUUUAAGAGAGUGGCAGUCAUAAUUUAGUCACCUUUCAAGGACCCCACUUUUUAAUAUUACUGUCUUUGUGAUUACAUCAGUGUGAAUUUUAGAGGGACAUUAAUUCCUGAGGAAACUCCCAGCUACUUUGUUCUCUCUGGCCAGGGAAAAGAAUACCGGCCCAUACAUCUGGUGUUCUGACUUCCAGGAGAAGGUACCCAAAGACUUCCUGUUUUUGUCAUUGCUUUUGGAACAUUGAAGGAUUUUGCAUGCUUUAUGUGCAUGGGGGCCAUGAGAACCAAGAGACCUGUGGUUUAGUUGACAUGGGACAGUAGAGCUUGGUGGCCUCUUGGAAAGAGAAGAAUAGACCACAUGUCCAGCAUUCCAGCUUUGGGGAGGGGCAGCUAGUUGGCUUCUAGCCUGACUUGGAAAAGUGAUGGAACCAAAACACUCUAGAUGCCUAGGGGUGACUGAGAGGGAAAGGGGAGGGGCCUGGUUGUCUUCUGCUGCUUUAAAAGAGUUGCAGUCAAGAGACAAUGAGAAGAGGAAAAAAUAAAUAGCUCCUUAGCAAAAAGAAACCAGCCAGUUCCUCCAAUUCUAAAACCUAAUGGCGUAACAGAGAAAAAAAUCUAUAGGUCCCAGAAUCCCUUACUGGGCUGAUUAGUCAAAGUGUCUUCUUAUACUAACCAGUCUUAGAAGACUAGAAGAAGUGACUGUUAUUUUCAAAUGUGUUAAUGCCAACACAAAGUUACAAGGAAGAUGAAAAAAUGGAGUCUAGCAUGAUCAAAGGAACAAACUAAAUCUCUAGAAACAAGCUCUUACGUAAUAAUAAUAUAAAUAAAAUGGAAAUAUAUAAAUUACCAAGAAAGAGUCCAAAGUAUCACAGAGAUAUUCAGCAAGCUUGAGAAUUUCAACAAAGAAAUAGAAAACAUAAAAAAAGACCAUAAACUGAUUAUGGAACUGAAGGAUGCAAAAACUGAAAUGAAAAUUUCAGUAGUGGUUUGACAGCAGAACUGAUGAAGCCAAAGAAAGAAUCAGUGAACUGGAAGAGAUGCCACUUGAAAUUACCCAGUCAAAGGAGCCAAUUAGGAGUGAAAAGUGAGAAUAAAGCCAAAGGAAUUUAGGACUUUUCACUGCAGACUGUCACAAGAGACCAAAAACAGGGAAGUUGUAUAACAACAAACAGAUAAUUUUACCAGGAAGGUAUAAAUAUGUUUGCACCAAAUGCAUGCAACAGACAUUGAUAGAACUGAAUUGGACAGUAAACAAAAUAGUAGGCUAUUUCGUCAGUGGGUAGAUUAUCCAGACCGGAGGACAACAAGGAAAGAGGACUUGAGCGGAACACGGAGACCUACCAGACAUGCAAAGCAUCUCACAACAACACCUAUUUUCCUCAAGGAUAACUGGAGCUUCUCUCUUGGAGAUCACAUGAUCAGUCACUAAACUGUCUUACCUUUAAGACUCAGAUUAUACCAAGUAAAUAUCUGAUAUUAGUGGAAUGAAAUUACAUCACUAGCAGUUCACAUUAAACAAAAAUAAAUAUCUCAAAUGAACAAGCUAAAUACAUAGGGCACUGUUGUUGAAAAACAGAACCAGGCACAACGUUAGAAAAGAGGAAACAGCUGCUAUGUUAUCUAAAACAAAAGAAAUGAAUGUAAUUGAAAAUAGGAAAAAACUAAGAGAUGUUUUGAAAACUUCAACAACUGUCCAAACUUUAGCUAGAGUAAGGAAAAAAGAAAGAAGACUCAAGAAUAAAAUGGGCAUUACAACUGAUUCUACAGAAUAAAAUUGUUAGGAAAAGGACAAAGCAAAUAUUAUUUGAUUUAAAUAUAGACUCCUAGAAAUAUAUGGCCUAAUAAGACUAAAUCAUGAAGAAUUUGAAAACUGAAUAGCUAUGCUACAAGGAGAUUCUAGUAGUCAUCAAAAAACCUUGCAACAAAGAAAAUCCCAGGAGCAGAUGGCUUCACUGGUGAAUUCUACCAACAUUUUGAAAAGAAUUAAUGCCAAUUCUUCUCAAACUCUUCCAAAUAAAAGUGAAGAGGAGGGAACACAUCCAAAUUCAUUUUAUGAGGCCAACGUUACUCUGAAAGAAAAGCCAGAAAAACAUGCCACAAAAAAAUUAUCUCUGGCAAUAUAGAUGAAAAAAAUCAUCUUAAAAAAAAAAAAAACAGCAAACUAAAUUCAGCAGUACUUGAAAAGGGUUAUACACUAUGGCCAAUGUAUCCUUGAGAUACAAAGAUGUUCCAACAUACAAAAACAUCAGGGGUUGGGGAUUUAGCUCAGUGGUAGAACGCUUGCCUAGGAAGCGCAAGGCCCUGGGUUCGGUCCCCAGCUCCGAAAAAAAAGAACCAAAAAAAAAAAAAAAAAAAAAAAAAAAAACAUCAAUGGCGCGUACAACAAUGAUCUUUUAAGUAAUUACAAAACCUCCUUUCACAAAAGCUAACAUUUUUGUUUGCCUUGCUUGGUGGUGGUGGUGGUGUUGUUGUUGUUGUUGUUGUUGUUGUUGUUGUUGUAUUGGCUUGUUUGUUUGUUUGGAGUCAGAAUCUUGCUAUGUAACUUAUCUAGCCUGGGACUCACCAUGUAGCCCAGGCUGACUUUGAAUUCUUAGAGACAUCCUGCCUCUGCUUCAUGAAUGCUGGCAUAAUUGGUCCAUACCUGGCUAAGAAUAUAUUUUCAUGCUAUAAGUAAUCAUCUAUGUAUAGAAGGAAAUUACGUCAACAUAAAAAUCCCAUACAGAUGAAGCUCAGUGGCACAUUCCUUUAAUUCCAGAACUUGGGAGGCAGGCAAAUCUCUGUGAGUUCCAGUCUGUCCUGGUCUACAGUGAAGAGCCAGGACUGCCAGCACUCUGCAGAGAGAUCCCAUCUCAAAACAAAACAAGAUACCAUAUAGGAAAACACACUGCCAGCAUAGCCACUGAAAGAUUGGAAGCUUUUCCUACAUAUCAGGAGCAAACCAAGGACACUCAUCACUUCUAGUCACCAUAACACUGGAAGCUAUAGCCUAAACAUCUGAACAAGGAAAUAAAUACAUGAAAGGUAUCUACGUCAGACAAAAUUGUCUCUGCUUGAAGUCUUUAUAUGUUAAAAAAAUCUAGAUUUUAAAUGUUAUAAAACCUAGAUUUUACCUGUACAUAUACAGAACUAGUAAGUUUAUCAGUGUCUCAGCACAAACCAGACACCAUACAAAAUAAUAUGUAUUUCUCUAUAACAGUGCAGAAAAAUCAAAAAAUUAAGAAAACAAUUCCAAUUAUAAGAUAUCAAAGUUUAAAAACACUUAGCAAUUAAGUUAACAAAGGAAGCAAGCAAACUGUCCACAGGAAACCAUAAAACUGCAAAAAAAAAAAAAAAGUAAAGCGGAUAUAAAUAAAUAAAAGGAAACCCUAUGUCCAUAGAUUUAAAGAUUUACAGUUUUUUAAACAUGCUACUCAGUAAUCCUCAAUCUCAAUAGAUUCCUGAUAAGAUUCCAGUGGGGAAAUGGUGAGGAUAAUGCUAAAAUUCAUCAGAAUCAUAAAGGACUUUGAGUAACGAGAAAGAAAAGGAAGAAAAGGCUGGCGACCACAGAUUUCCUGAUUUCAUACUCUAUUACAAAGAUCUAGUAAGGAAAACAAUGUUGCACCAGGCUCAGCAUGAAUACAAACUUAAUUAAACAGAAGAAAAAGCCAAGAUGUCACACACAUACAGUCAAAUGGUCCUUAGAGUAAGGAACAUCUUCAACAAAUAAUGUUGGGGAAACUGGAUAUCUGUGUGCAAGAAUGAAGUUGGCCUAAAGAGUACACCAUGUACAAAAAUGAACUCCAGGUGGGUUAGAGACUUAACCUUGAAACCUGUAUCUGUAAAAUUUCUAAAAGCACAAGACGAAAACUUUAUGGCCAUGACCUGUCCAUGACUUCAUGGACAUGUUGUCAAAAGUACAAACAAGGAAGUUUGACAUGAUGAUGGUGGCAAACACCUGAAGUUCCAACAGUCAUGAGAUGGAGGCAGGGGGAUUCACAGUUUGAAGUCAGCCUUAGCUGCUUAGAAGGACUACAGCGGUGGGGUCUAGGGAUCUAGGUAGUGAUGGUGUGAUGAUGUGCUUCCUUAACAUGCCUAAGGCCCCAUCCCCAGAACUGCUCAUAGAUUGGCUGCUCUUCCAAAGGACCCAGAUUGAUUUCCAGCACACAUAUUGUGUCUCACAGUGUGUGUAACUCCAGUUCCAAGGGAUCCAACACCCUCUUCUGGCAUCUGCAGGCAUGAGGUGUGCACAUGGUCCACAGACAUACAUGCAGACGAAACACAUAAAACAAUGAUUAAAACAUUUUUUAGAAACACAAACAAGACGUACACACACACAAAGAAAAAGAAACACAAACAAUAAAAGCAAAAAUAAGCAAAUGGGACUAUAUCAGACUAAAUAUCUCUUAAUGCUGGAAAAAAAAUAUCUAGGCAAAUCAGAAAAUACUUGCAAGUCAUGUAUGAUAAAGGGUUAAUAUCCAAAAAUACAUAGUGAAUGCCCAAAAUAAUAGCAAAAAGGUAAAUUAACUCUUUUUUUAAAUGAGUAGGGAUGUGCCCUAUCAUCCAGGACAGACUGGAACUCACAGAGAUUUGCCUGGCAUGUGCUCUAUCCCUGAACUGCAAAGAGAAGACUGAGGGGGAAUUUAAUAGACCUUUCUCCAGAGAAGACGUCCAGAUCACCAAUAGGUUUAUAGCACACAACAGGACCAUUCACUGAGGAGGAGGGGAAUAUUGAAGCCUUUGCACGUUAUCGUAGGAAUGUGAAUGUUUGUGUGAAUUUUGAAAGACAGUGUAUUCGGGCCUCAAGGAGGGAAAGUAGAACGUCUCUAUGAUGCCCACAACUCCACUUCUAGGAGUAUUUUACUAAAAGUAUAAAAUUAGGAUCUCAACUAGAUACUUGUGCUCAUGCUUGGUACAGACUUAUUCACAGCAGCCAGGGGCUGAGAACAACUCUCAUGUCUGUGAACAAAUAAGUGAAAUUGUCAUGGAAUAUGCUAGAAUACGCCUACCCUGUAUAGUACAAUUGAAUGCCUGUGAAAACACAGUGAAAAUGGAUGAACCGGGUCAGUCACAUACAGUACUGCCUGAUUCUACCCAUAAGAUGUUAAAAAAAAAAGCAGACUUGUCAAAAAACAGGAAGACUGCUUUGGUAGGGAUUGGGGAAAAGGAAAAUAAAAAAUUGCUUUUUAGCUAGGAUAAAAUUAGGCAAAUUGAAAAGGUUUUGGAGACGUUUUCUGUCCUGAAAAGUAUAGUAUGGUUAACAAUCAUAUGCACGUCACUCAGUAGAGUGAGUCGUGUUUCAAAAUAGAAAAAUCAGGUUGUUUUGAACUUACGUGCAGACAUUUUCAUAACCAGGGACAGAAAUGUUCUAAGACACAUUUGUUCUGAAGGGGGUAACACUAGUAAAGGUUUAGCAGUCAUCAUAAUACAAGCGAUUAAGUCUCUGAACCUAAUAAUUUUUGAAAAAUAAACAUGGCUAUUACAUUGAAACACAGUCUUUAUUUUCAAGGUGUGAAAUUGCGGUUUCUCCUAAGUAUCAGAAAUUCUCUGUUUUUAGAUACCUCACUGUAUUUGUUCUGUCUUAACAGUUAUUUCAAGUAUGAUUUUUCUUGAGCUAAACUCAGAAUCUGUUUUUCUGACAUGGAUAACAUCUUCACAAAGCUCUACACAUUUUUCUUGGCGUUCAAGGCCAUUAAUAAUGAAAAGCUAUUGUAACUAGAUCCUACUCAACUUCUGUUUGGUUACUAAUGAUUCAUUUUAUAGACCCUCUUGUUAAGUUCAUAGUAGUUCACCAUGAUUUUAAAACUGGAACAGACUUCUAAAGUUAAAGUAUGUGAAAAAUACUGAAACACCAUCUCCUCACUAACUCCAUAGGCUACAUUUGGAGCCUGCUACACUGUCCAUUCCCUCUGUACAUACUUGCCAGAGCACAAGCAAGCCCACAGUCUGCAUGACUAAUGUCACCCUCUCCAUUUAGUUCACAUAAACAACAUGUAGUUCUCAAUAUUUACUCAGAGGCCUUACUAGCUUGAUCACCACUCCAAUUCUGAAAAUAACAUCAAUAUUUUUUUCUUUCCAGCUUCACUGAUGCACUUUGCUCUGAGGCUCAGAAACAGCAAACAUGGUUGCCAAGAGAAUCUUUAAGAAAGUGGAUUGUAUCUAGAGGCUAUGUAGUUGGAAAUGCAUAUAGCACUGACUCUAAAAUCUGCACUAAAUUACCUGAUUUGGCAUUCUGACCUAACAUUAACCAAAUAAUCUCCAGAGCCACAAUUAAUUUUCACUUAGGAGGAGUGGGAAAAGAUGAUUCCCCCAGAUCGCUCCAGUAUUGCUACCAUGUAGCAUUAAACUGUUGGCAUGACUUAGUCCCGUAGGGUAGAAUUUUGUUUGGCAUCCUAAGGAAUUCUGCUCUAUUUAAGAAGGUGAGAAGUACACAUUGGCAUCAUUUAAACAACAUAAGUCUAAACCCAAUAGGCUUUUACAUGCCAAAGAUGUGGCGUGUGCCAACUGUUUAGUAUACACACUAACUGUUCCACUCUGUAAGUGAAUUUCAGCAAAAUGAUUCCGUGUAUUUUAUCCUGUGCUGCUGAGAUGUACUUAUGUCUUAUGGUGUCUUAAUAACAGAUAUGGGUUGUCCAUAGCAAGAAAUAGAUACACAACAGUGGGAAGUUAGCCACUCUAGAGCUCAGUAGAGUAUGAAUGUGGCUUUAGUGUGAGGCAUCUCUUCAGCAGUUUCUGUACUGCCAAAAUCUCUCAAAAGGAAUACUAUCUUCUCACAGUAUCUUAAUUUGUGCUGUCUCAAAGUUGACUGUGCCUUUCUUAAAGAUUUAGUAUUUAUUUUAUGUAUAUGAGUACCCUGUUGUCAUGUACUAGAAGAGGGAAUCAUAUUCCAUUACAGAUGGUUGGGGGCCACUAUAUGGUUGCUGGGAAUUGAACUCAGGGCCUCUAGAAGAACAGCCAGUGCUCUUAACCACUGAGCCAUCUCUCCAGCCCCAGUCUGUUUCUUUUUAAGCCAGUAUGGUGUAGUUCAGAUAUUCAGGAGACUGAAAUGGAAGAACCAGUUAGGCUCAGUCCCAGUAAUAACCCCAAAUACAUCACAAAGACAGUGCCAUAAACAUAGCUAUUCUCCUCGGGCAUGGGUUCAGAGAGUUGGUGCAGUAUUAGAAGACUUGUGUAAGCAACCUAGGAACCAGGUAUAGAAAGUAGAGCUGGAAGGCAAGUUAGCAUCAGGCCUGAAAAGCCCAUUUAAUAUUUAGUACCAGAUAACUAAUGCAAAAUGAGGUUAAAGCACGGCUAUUACUUAAAAUUAUACUUGUGUGGCCAGAAACAUCGCUUGUCUUAUAAUAUGUAAAACAAUAACUGAAAGUCAUGGAUCAUGAGGCCCAUGAACUGAUGGGAAUUUUAAAACACCCUUCAGUUGUCUUCCUUUUCUGAAAUGAACAAGUUCCUUAAUGGCAUGUCCUCACAGUGAGGGAACAGUGUCUAGGCCUUCAAGACCUUACAGCAUAAGCUUCUGAAUAACAUUUACCUUAGUGGACACUGAAAUGAAUAUCAUUGAUGUCUUUUUUUCUCAAAUAAUUCUCUCUUCUUCCCUUAGCCUACUAAGGUAAGCAAGCUGAUGUGAAACAGCCAUCCAUACAAUGAAGUAUAAAAUUGUGUAGUGUUGUGUGUGGUUCUGGUUCAGCAAGAAAACGUUACUCAGUUCUAUAAGAAGGAAGGUGCUAGGCCCCGGGCAAACCUAAGUGCGGUGUAACUAGAAGAGGGAGGUCUUCCGGAUAAGAGAGGCAGAACUGAAGCAAGCCAUGGCGCGUACUGAAGCACUGUGGGGUUGUAGCAGUGUCUAAGAGCACCCUGUAACACAUACUAGCUUGGACGUAGUCCACAGCACGCAGUGGUGGAAACAGCAAAGACUUGAGUGCUGGUGUGUCUAAAGUUUUGAAAGCAUCAAAAAUUGUGUUAAAGAUUAGGAAAAAAAAGAGACAUGAUCCUUUUAAUGAGAAGUUAACAAAACCUGAUAGACACAUGCACACAGUCACCUGCAUACAUGGGUGUCUCUGUUUACAAUCAUGCUGGCUUCAUUCUGAGCUAAUUUCCCCAGUAACUUAGACUUAAAUCUUCUAUACACGUUCACACAACUAUUAUAUCAAACUAGUCCCUCUGUCAGUGGUUUCUAAUUGUAACUUGUGAUCUUUUAAAUACACACUAUUUAACUUUUAUUUCUAUUCUGUCUUUGGAAUUUGGAAGCUUCUCUGUGCGUUCCUUUGAGCUUUCCAAAGAAAUGAAGGAUCGUGAGUGAGAUAAGGACAGUUGAGAAAUACUCAAAACUAAAUUCAUAAAUGUAACCACAUAGGACACAACUAGAAACAAAACUGAAUGAACAGUCUAGAGCUGCUUUGUCUUUUGUUAGUUUUUGUGGAACAUGUUUUUAAACUGCUGUGUUCACUGUCAGCUUCCUAAAACCUUUGUGUCUCCUAUGAUGUAGGUGAAGCCCCUCCUGGGAGCUGGAGGGUUGCUAGGCAGGCGGGUAGGCAGGCGGGCGGGCACUCUCUCCACCAUUGUAAAUGGUACAGAGUGGUGAUAAAAACCAGCAUCACCAUGGGUUGUAUAGGCCCUCAGCACUUUCAGUUAGGGUUUGGUUUUUUUUUUUUUUUUUUUGUUUUUUGUUUUUUGUUUUGUUUUGGUUUGGUUUGGUUUUGGGUUUUUUGUUUUGUUUUUUUUUUAAUUUUUAUUUAUUUAUUUAUUUUUGUUAGACUUUGUAGGAACCAUUUUGGAUUGUUUUGGUUUUGCUUUUGUUUUUCCAGGAGCCUCUAGGAAGGGCAGCUGAUUUUUUUUUUUUUAAGCUCUUCCUUAACUUUCUCACUGGGAAACACCGUCCCCUGUCCUAAUAGCCUUCUCCUGGGGCAGCCUGAGUUAGAGGAGACUCUGAAUCCUUCCUCAUCUUACCUAAAUCUCUAGUCUGCCCUAGAUGGCUGUGACCUGCUCUUGUCCUUUGCUCAGUUCACUUCCACAGAGAUUUUCUCCCACAAAAAAAAAUUUAAUAAUUAAAUUUGUAAAAGGUGUUGUGUUCUGGGAUGUUGUUUUACCUGAACAUUUUGUACUUUCUACCCAAUUUCUCAGAGUCCUCAAGGAAUAAGAAAUACAUACUUUCUUGUUUUUGUUUCCUGUUGUGGUAUAAUCCUGGUGGCUUAUGUUUUGUUCUUUUAAACAAGAUUUAUUUAAAUGUCUUCUGUUGUAAAAAUAAAUAAAUAACAAAAUCUCAGUUUUUAAUGGUUUCUUAUGCUCUCCCUAGGUGUUGAGCUCCCAGUCCACACUCAGCUCCCUUUGUUCAUGACUGACUUUUCCUUAGGCAGACAGUGUCUACCUGAACAUGCAGAAAGAUAUCCCUUCUCUUCCUUAAAGAUCUUUGCAGGAUUGUUCAGUCUUCAGGGUUUACUAUCUGGUCAGUAUCUUCACAUAUAAAAUAUCUUACAUUAUAAAGACUGAAAGAACCAAGGAGCCCAUAAAAAACCAUCCUCUUCUUUUUGUAUGAGUGGAGUCUUAGGUCUACUGUUCGUAUCCUCGGUCCUCCCUCAACUCAGUAAGAUACAUAUUUCAAAUGAUGUGCACAGUUGCCUUUGGCCUCCAUGUGUAACGCUGCUCAGCUGGAGCCAAGACAAAGGCUCAUGUUCUCUCAACUACCAAAUCCCUGCAUGUGUCUUAUAGUAUUCCCACUGGAAAACUAAUUUCAGAUAAUCCUUAGUAAUCAUCUUCCAAAUCCUCAUCGAUGCGUCUUCUCCUACCUCUACAUUUUGGAAAAAUCUGGUAAAAGAGAAGCAAGCUCGCUCACUCGCUCUUUCUUUCUUCCUUCCUUUCUUUCUUCCUUCCUUUCUUUCUUUCUUUCUUUCUUUCUUUCUUUCUUUCUUUCUUUCUUUCUUUUUUCCAUAGCAUCACUGUGUAGCCCUUUCUGGCCCGAAACUCAUCAUGUAGACCUAUCUAGCCUUAAAUUCAAAGAGAUCCACCUGCCUCUGCCUCUGAGUGCUACAAUUCAAAGUGUGUGUAUGCCUGGCUAGGGACUAGAAUUUUAAUUGAAGAAUUGAAAUUUUAAUUGAAGAAUAGGAAAUGUAUCUACUAUUGAAAUCAUACAGGGUAAUGCACUAUCCCUGGCAGGUGGAAUGUGGAAAUAAGAAGACUAUAUACCCAGACUUUAGUGAAAUUGAUCAAUGAACUAUAGGCCUGAGGCUCUAUCAGCAUGGCCGUCCUUGUAGUGCCGGCCAACUUUAUGUUAAUAGUCAGAAGAUCUGAUACACUAUCCAACGUAUCCACUACAUUACCAUCUUCCAAUUAGGCAGGUCCAGUGAUUUGACAAAAUUCCAGUGAAAAACUAAAAGAAUCACCAAAAAGUAUGUCUUACAACACUGUGGUCUGCCUUCAGGAUUGCAAGGUAACUGCCUAAGUCACUGUGUUUCCAGUCACUGAAAGACUGACUUAGUGUGUACUUUCUGAAUUGUAGCCACACUAGGAGAUGUCUUGGAAGGAGUUAAAAAUACAUCCUCUGGGAUUUGGGUUGACCUCAGAAAAGGCAGAUUUCAAAGCAAGAGGAAAGGAAUCUAAAUCUGAUCAAAUAAGAGAGAUGUUGGUUACAUUUUUGCUUCUCUGAAUUCUUUCCAAACCAGACUACAGAUUUUUCUCAAAUCUACUACAACAAGCAUGAUACUUUAAUGACAGCAGUGCAGAGUGGCAGCCUGUCGUCUGGGAGCUGACAAGUGUGUGUGCUGCUCCUCCCUCACACAAUGUGCUGCACACCCUCAACCCCACUCAUCCUCACAGAGGCUCUUCGCCUCUCCAUGCUUCUUUGCAGAAAUGACAAGGAGCAGUGGCUAAUAAGCUCUUGGAGUUUCUGAGCAUCCCUCUUCAGUGCUCAUUUUCUGAAGUUGAAAACACUCAUACAUUACACACGUGCACGCUAAACUUGUCAGAGGUGAAGUGCUUCCAAAUGCCUCUUGAGUGUGAUUGAAAGGCCCUGGACCUGAUGGGACUCGUGACAAGAUGCCAGGCCUGACUGCUCAGACUUUUCUAAGAGAAGAAAGCACCCUGAUUUAAAAGAGAGAGAGAGAGAAAAGAAAAAUGACCCCAAGAAGUAGAUAGCAAUUCAUUAUAUUUCUGUAUAAGUAUCUGCUGAUACAUUUUAUUAAAAGAGAAA